AUGCAGAGCAUCCUGGUCCAGUUGUUCAUCUCUGCUGGGUUCAGCAGUCUCUGGCGUUUCCCUUACCUGUGUCACCAGAAUGGAGGAGGCGGCUUCCUCCUGGCCUACGUCUUCUCCUUGCUGCUCUUCGGCAUUCCCCUUCUCUACAUGGAGAUGAUGGUAGGGCAGCGGCUGCAGGUGGACAACAUCCGGGUCUGGAAGCAGCUCGCCCCCUGGCUGGGCGGCAUGGGCUAUGCCUGCGUGCUGGUACGCAUCUUGCUGAGCACCUAUAACAGCGCCAUUAUCUCCUGGAGCCUCUUCUACCUGGGCAGCUCCUUCACUUUGCCCCUGCCCUGGGAGCACUGCCCUUUGGCGAAGAACGUCAGUGGCACUGGUUUCUCGUGCCUCUGGACUGUGCCCCACCAGUACUUCCUGUACCACACCAUACUCCAAGCCUCGGGCCACAUGGAGGACGGGAUCACCAGCCUUGUCCUGAGCCUCAGCCGGGGCAGCUUCACAGUCUGGGUCAUCCUCUUCCUCAUCUUUGUCUUUGAGAUCAGGAUUUCAGUGCUGAUGCUGAUUUCCUGGGUGCUCCUAUUCUACAUUCUCCUCCUGUUCCUGUUUGUCCGGGCACCCUUCCUAGAAGGUGCGUUUGCUAGCCUCAAGCGUCUGGUGACCAUAGAGCUCUCUACCUUGGCUUCGGUGGACCUGUGGUGGCAGGCAGGAGGCCACGUGCUCUAUUCCCUGGGCCUAGGCAUGGGCACCAUCGUCACCUCCUUCUCCCGCAACAGUGGAGGUGACAACUAUGUCAAGACAGCCUCCUUUGUGGCCCUGCUCAACCUGGUGACUUCAAUGCUGGCCACGAUCAUCGUCUUUCUAGUGCUGGGGUUCUGGGUCACCACCAGUGGCCACAGCUGCGUGGAGAGGGCAGCCUCAACUCUGAAAAGGCUGAUAUCUAACGGGGUGCUGCCUCAGGAGGCCCAGCCCCCCACAAACAUUGCGCACAUGCCCCCCCAGGACUACCUGGACUGGAUCAUCAGCCUCCCCAAAGAACUGCAAGGCGAUAUCAUCUACUUCUCCCCCUCCUGCAGCCUUCUGGUACAGAAGGAAGAGUUUCUGCAGGGCCCUGGCCUGGCAUAUGCAGCCUUCUCCCAAGCCGUCUCACUGUUCCCUGAUGCCUCCUUCUGGGCCAUCAUCUUCUUCCUGACUAUGUUCACCCUUGGUCUGGGCACAUCAGUAAGAAUCUUGGAGGACAUUGUCCCUUCCUUCCAAAACUCCAUCUCCUUCUUCACCAGCCACCCGAGGCUGAUCACAGCGCUCCUCUGCCUGGGGGGCUUCCUGGGCAGCCUCAUCUUCACCAGCCAGCCCGGCAGCUAUGUGCUCUCUCUGUUCGAUGACUACCUGGUCCCUCUGAACCUCAUCAUCAUUGUGAUGCUCCAGAAUGGGGCUCUGAUCUGGAUCUAUGGAGCCAAAAGGUUCAAGCAGGAGGUGUUCAGUCAGCAAGUCGGCCUGCUGCAGCCCGCCUGGGCCUUCCUGUGCCUUUACGUGACGCUGCCCGGGCUCCUGGUCCUCCUCACGCUGUGCCUCCUACGUCUCCACUUCCAGUCGGCUGCCUACUACUUCAGCUGGAAUAGCAGCAUGAGCCAGGAAGUCAGGCAGCCCUACCCACAGAGCAGCCUCAGCCGGGCUGCCCUCCUCGCCCUCCUCACCCUUCUGCCAAUCCCGGCCUACGCUCUUCACCACUGGUGGCACUCGGAGAACAGGAACAGGAGGCCCUCGGCAGUCGCGCAGGCCACAGGGAGCCUCAGGAGCUCCAGGAGGCAAACCGACCUCAGUAACGCGCAUGAAGCCCAGAAGACCUGGCUGCAGCGGCUCCACCUGCCCUGGCUCCGGCACCUGCGCCUGUCCCUGACGGGGGCCAGCAAGAGCUCCUCCCAGUCCACUCUGCCUCGGAUGGUCUCCCGGUUCUCCAUGAACGUCACCCCCUCACAGCAGAGGAGCUCCAGCUCUGCGCCCGAGAACAAUGCUGAUGGCCAUGAGGAGACGGCGGGAGAAAAGCUGCCAGAAAACUCCAGCAGUAGCUGGUGCUACCUGUGA